UGUCACACACGUGUUCCGGUCGCAGUUCGAACAUCCGUUUCCGUUGCGCAAAACAGAACCAACCAGAAGCCAAAGUGCUGUAAAUGUGCUCAGUGUACCGGGAGACAGUUUAAAGAUCAUUUUACCGUGUAUCCGUGUCACGUGGACCGUUUGUGAGAACAGAAGCCAGAUAAGGAGGCUGCAGAUGGAAGGCAGAGCAGUCCUGUUGCUGUCCCCGCCGGCAACUCCACCGUUGCAGGACACCGCCGGCUAUGAGUCGGUGGAAAACUUGAAGAUGAAUAACGCAGUCAAAGCGGCACUGAAGCGCAAACUCGAGCUGGCGGCCACCGGGGCCGAGGAAGGAGACAGCGCGAGGCCACACUUCGCCACGCCGACCCACUCGGACGCGUCGGAGGACGAGUCGGAUCUGCCACCGCGGAAGCGCCAGUAUGUGCGCGAUCCGGAUCAACUGGAAACGCACGCCGCGCUCCAACAGCAACUGCAGCGCCAGCAACAACAGCAACAGACGCAGCAGCAGGAGCAGCUGGCAAUUGCGGCCACCACCUGUGCACCGACGCCCCCACCGUCCGAGUGUGGGUCCGGGUCCGAGGACGAAACGACCAAGUCCGGCUCGGAUGAGGAGCGGUGCUACUUUGAAAAUGGUGCGACCCCCGCCCAGGACGCGGCUGCGGCGCCCCGCGCCAGCGUGAUCAUGCGCAUCAACAAGGAUGGGUCGUGCACCGCCCCGAAGGAGGGCUCGGUUGCGGAGGAAUCCUGCGGCGGUGCGUCACUAAACAUUUUCCGCAGUUACAAAUUCAAAAUGGGUCCCCGGAUGUCACCACCUCCGGUGCCCGUCGUCUCCGUCGCCCCCUCAACCGCAGCCCUGCAGGAGGACGCCAAAGCCGCUACGAUGAUGGCCGCUCCAGUCGCCGGCGCUGGGAAGAGGAAGCGCAAGGAACUGACCCCCUGCCCGGUGUCACCGAUUCUCCCGAAAGCACCGCUCUCCGUUACAGCCGCCGCCGCCGCCGCCGCCCUGCCUGUGAUAGCUCCGAAGGUUGUGGCGACAGCGGCCCCGGCGGCGACAGCACCGCCCUCCACGACUCAGCUCAUCUUUGCCACCCAAAACGGUUACUUUCUGGUGCCCCCGCAUCACAACCUGCUGUUGGCCACGACGACGCCCACCACCGGUCUGGAGACUUGCGGGCGCCCCAAAUCACGCUCGACGGCCACGUCGUUCAGUGUGGCCCUUGCCGAACGGCAGCACCACCAGCAGCAGCAGCAACUGGCGACAAAGUCGCCCCGUGCUCCAACAAUCGCGCCACCUCAGCCGCCGGCGCCGCCAGCGGCCAGCAAACCGGAACGGCGCCGUAUCUACGAGUGCGAUCACCCGAACUGUGGCAAGAACUACUUCAAGUCGAGCCACCUGAAGGCGCACCAACGCAUCCACACCGGCGAGCGUCCGUUCAACUGCAAGUGGCCCGACUGCGGCCGCCGCUUCUCGCGCUCCGACGAACUGUCGCGCCACAAGCGCACGCACACCGGCGAGAAGAAGUUCGCGUGCGAGGUCUGCGAACGUCGGUUCAUGCGCAGCGACCACCUCGCCAAGCACGUCAAGCGCCACAACAAGGACAGCACCGCGGGCACGGCCAAAUCAAUCGCACCGAGCCGACGACGCAACGUCGCCCAAGCAGCUGCUAGUCAACAACCGUCGGCCGCCACCAGCAUUCUGCCGGCCGAGACCACCCUUACCAUGGCCCAGGCACUCUAUCAGGCCUCUGCCGGCGUCUUCCAACAGUCGCCGCAGCAGUUCAUGUACGCCCGGAGACACCCGGAAGACGGCAGCCAGUAAGGACGCAGCAAAAGCCAUUCCAGUGUCAAAGCAUCAUCCGCGAAUCUGCAACUUUCACCGCAUUUCGGGUUGGCGUGUUUAUCUCCUCGCACCGGUUGAGGAACUGCGGAAGCGGAUGGCCUGUUGUGGUGCACUCUACGGGGAGGCGUGGUUCCUUGGCCAGGGGCCGCUAUCUGUGAUCGUUUUUCUCUUACAAAUGGAAAACUCUACGAAACAUACACAUACACACUAGAGCUGC